AUGCCAAAUAGUGAUAUCAAUAAUACCUAUAUCAAGUACACCCACUUGCUGUUUAUUAGUAAGACAGCUGAGUCAUGGCCCAAAAUCACAUCGUUAAGUGACAACACCCAGUCCUAUCUUUUUCACUCAUCCAAGCUGCAUCCAAUCUAUGUGAGACGACACGCCAGCCUCCCCACCUAUGGGCUCCGUCAGUCUAUCUUACUGAACACCAGGCUUCAGGACUGCUAUGUGGACUCACCGGCCCUCACCAACAUCUGGACGGCUGGCACGUGUGCAAAGCAGAACAUCAGUACGCCAGCACCCGGGACCACCUCUUCCUGGGAAGUUGUAAAGAAUCCCUUAGUCGCCAGUUCGUUCUCCCUGAUUAAGCUGGUGCUCAGGCGACAACUGAGGGAUAAAUGUUGCCCAGGGCCGAGCAAGUUUGGAGAAACAAAGCCCUCGAAGAGAUUAAAGUCCAAGGACAAUUCGGCAAUAAGAGCCACGCCACGGGGCAGGAUAAGAAACGCCAUCAGUUCCAAGGGCAGAUGGCCCGUGGGGCCGAGCCCCAGCUCUCCGAGGGUCAGGAAGCCGGCGGGAGGCAUCAACAAGAGUAAAGAAAGUUCAAAGGAGAAAAAAGUAACAGUCCGCCAAGAUCUUGAGAGCAGAUAUGCUGAACAUGUGGCUGCCACCCAGGCACGACCUGGGGACACUGGGACAGCGGCCUGGAAGGGCCAAGCGUUGCUUCCUGAAACCAGAAAGAGGCGGCAGUUGUCGGAGGACAAGCUAACCAUCCACGGCCUCCCCGCAGAGGGUUACAGGGCUCUGUACCACUCUGUGGUUGAGCCGAUGCUGUGGAAUCCUUCUGGGACCCCCAAGAGGUACAGCUUGGAGCUGGGCAAGGCCAUCAAACAAAAGCUCUGGGAGGCUCUGUACAGCCCGGCUCCCACUCCUGCAGGGGCUCAGGGCCCACUGCCUGGCCGGAAUCAGCUCGAGGUCCACGAGGAGCCUGUGCCCAAGAAAUGGCCCAAAUUAAAGAGUGAGAAAUAG